AUGACACUUUGUGGGCAUAUCAAACGGUAUAAAAAUGCCUAUUGGUAUGUCACCAUACAGACUAGUCUUGGAAAAGCAUGCCAUCUCCUUGUUAAGCUAGAAAAUAAUGCAUAUUGGGCUAUCAAACAGCUAAACUUUGAUGCAAAAGCUGUCAGUAAGAAGCGAUUAUUACAGCUAAAUGAACUUGAGGAGUUUCAGCUCAAUGCCUAUGAAAGUUCAAGACUCUAUAAAGAAAAGACCAAGAGGCUUCCUAACAAGAAAAUCCUAGCCAGAACCUUUCAGUUACUUCAACAAGUUUUAUUGUAUAAUUCAAAGCUCAGACUCUUCCCUGGGAAGCUAAAGUCUAGGUGGUCAGGUCCAUUUACUGUUGUGAGAAUUCAUAGCCAUGGGUUAUAG